GAAUUUGGUGUGACCAGCUGACAGCGGAGUCAAAAUGCGAGCGACUUUGGAAGUCGUUUUGGUGUUCUAGGUGAAAAAAGGCCAGCGCCACAAUGGUGAUUGGAUGUGGAACAAUGAACAACAGCCCCAAGGAUCCCUAUCGUGGUGGAGGAGGAGGCACUGGGCCCCAAGAACGCGGUGGAUCGACGGGUGUGUCCAUCAACAUCGAGAGCGACGACAAUGAAUCGACCACAGCGGAGCACGACUACCUGCUGCCUGCCUCCUCUUCGUCGGUGACCUCUGGAGGUGGCGUCGGAGGAGGAGGAGCCGUCGCCGGGGGAUCGAUCCAAACCAGCAUAAGCCUGGAGCACCACCACGUACCCACGGCGCGGAGCAGCAGCCUCAGUGGUGGUAAUGUGCGUCACGGUAACAUUCUAUCCACAUUUUUGGCCCGUCAGCGAUCGUACACGCCAGCCAGCAACAGCAGUUCUCCGAUACGGGUGACCACUCAGAUGAACCGUCGUUUGCAACAGUCCCGUAGUAUGGGCGCCAACACUGGUGGCAGUCUCGAGGAGCCUUCCAGCGCCGGAGCAGCAGGUGGACCAGGAGCAUCGCCCGGAGCUGGGGCAGGGGUUCGGCAAAUGGGCUUUUGGCGUGUCAACCUCAACGAUGUCUUUUCGCUUUCAACGGCCCCGUCGACGGAGGCACUGCGGUCCCUCAUCUCACAUUCCAAUUUCAGAUAUGCACCUGCAAACGCUGCAGCUUCCGCGGCACCAGGACCUCAGCCAGCCGCCAAUCCCGUAGACAACUCGCACAUACUGCUCGGCCAGCAGCAGCCAUCGCUCCCUGAGCCUGUCAGUCCUCUGCGAUACGGUCGCGUUGCGGCAGGAUCUGGUGCCAGCGGAGCUGGAGCUAUGGGCAGAAGUAUCUCCCUGCGUGAGGGCGAGAUGCGACACAAUCACAGCCUUAGUGGAGGACGGCACAAUGCCAGUGCCAUAGGACUAAACAGCACUCCGGCGGCCUUCGACGAACGCGAAGCAAAUGAGAGCCAAGACCUUGACGAAAGCGAUGUCAAUGGGGAUAACAGAGGCGGAAUAGUAGCAGGAGGUGGCAACCCACCAGAGCCCGCAGAGAAUCAUCCAGAAGACGAGCAUCUGAUCUCAGAUGACAUGGUGGUCCAGAUCCUCAGCCAUUUUGUUCGCUAUCUGCCGCUUAUCUUCAUACUAUUUAUCAAGUUUUUACACGACCACCUGCUGGGCAUUGUGGAUCUUCUGGUGCUGCAGACUGUGAUGUACAAUGUAAACCGAUCAGUACGCAAUCAGGUGGCCCGUCUAGCUCAGAAGAACUACGCCGUGAUGACGCGGGAUGCUUGCCUUAUUGCCGUGGUUGUCGCAGUUCGUCUAUUUCUGGCCACUGCGCCGCCGGAUCCCUUUGGUCUGAUUGUGCCACCUCCCAGGAAAUCCGCCCUAAUAGAGGUCACUACGCUGCCCGAUCAGACAAGUUCCGAAGGGGACAGCCCCACAACAGCGCCGGAACCCGGCAGGGGUGCCCUGUACAAGGAUACGUACAAAUCCCUGAACGUGAUCCCCCUGGGCAUGUUGCUCUACUAUAUAGCUGUGAGCGAUCUCAUUCUCAAACUGCUGACCAUGCUGGUCAAACUUAUAAUUACCAUGCUGCCGCACCACUUGAUGAGACUCAAAUUGCGGGCUCGACUCUAUGUGUUGGUGGAGUACACUUCCCAGUUCUACAGGGCGAUGACACCCAUUACCCAGUGGUUCCUUUUUCUCUACGAGUCCUACUCCGGCCUGGAGGUGGUCUCCGGAGGACUGCUUUCCGCACUGUACACGGCUGCCAAGAUAUUCGAGCUGGUGGAGCGCGGCAAGUCGCUUAAGAAAGCCAUUGUGACCUUCAGAAAAAAUUUUGACUCUGAGCGACAGCCGACCAAAGAUGAGCUGGAUGCCGCUGGUGCCCUGUGUCCAAUCUGCCAUGACGCCUUCAACACGCCCACAGUGCUGGGGUGCGGCCACAUUUUCUGUGAUGAGUGCGUCCAAACCUGGUUCAAGCGCGAACAGACCUGUCCGAUGUGUAGGGCCAAGGUCAGCGAUGAUCCCGCCUGGCAGGACGGCAGCACGACCUUCUUCCAUCAGUUGUACUAGCUGCGCCACCAAAGAAAUUUCCACGGAUUUCGCGUGUACAUAUAGUCGCUAGCUAGCCCUUUGUUUAAUUAAACUGACAGUUAUUAAUUAUUACUACAAGACAUGAAAUA